UUUUUUUUUUUUAUUUUUUAAAAAAAUCGCCAUUGGGUUUCGCUUCCCCCCCCUUUUUUGGGGGAAGGGGGCGAUUGUUCCGGCGAGGGUCUCCCCUGGCUGCGCGUCUCCCCGCGUUCUCGAACGCGCGCCCGAGAGAGACUGAGAGUUCCAUUUCAGGGGAAAGUUCGCCUCGCCGCGUUCCAAAGCUUUGAUCGCAGGCAUGACGGAGCCCAAUUCAUUAGGGGACCAGAGCUUGAGGGCUACGACUGCUGCUAGAAUUCUUUAGGACACAUCCAGGGCAGCAGUGUGAAAGCGAAAAACCGUCCAAGAGCAUCUUUGGAGCAGGUUGAAGGAAAGAAGAAAUUACUGCUGCCAGUCGUAGGGCUACCAUGGCUAGCAGGAGGAAAUCAACAGUUCCAUGUAUGGUGCGAUCAACCGAAGCUGUGGUGCAGGAGGGUUCUAAGGACCCGGUAGUGGGAAAAGCAGCGGGCCUACCAGAACAGAACUCAGGAGAUGUUUGGUCUGGCACUAAGGAGAACUGUGAGAAUGAUUGCGAAGUGAUUGAGGGGAAAUCUUCCCCGGCCAAUCCUGUAAAGAAACUCUUAGGCGGUUACGAAUGUAAGUACUGCCCCUACUCCUCGCAGAACUUGAAUGAGUUCACAGAGCACAUAGACACGCAACACCCCAAUGUGAUCCUCAACCCUCUCUAUGUGUGUGCAGAAUGUAACUAUAAAACCAAAAAGUAUGAUUCCUUAUCCGAGCACAACGCAAAACUCCACCCCGGAGAGAACAAUUUUAAGCUUAAAUUAAUGAAGCUCAAUAAUCAGACUAUCCUAGCGCAGUCCAUUGAGGCAUCGACGAACAACCCAGUUGCUUCUGAGAUCCCUGAGAUCGAGGUAGAUCCCUUUGGGGCAAGCGUUACGAAUAAGACUCCAAAUGCGAGCACCGGAAAGUCCAAAGGGGAGGCUAAAAAACCUUCCCUAGACAGCCACUUCGACGGGUUCCGCCAUCUUGUGACUGAAACCAGUGUGCCCAUCACAUGUAUUAAUACAGCAGAUCUCCUUCAAGAUGUACUAGCUCAUGUGAUGCCCUCUGUACAACUCCCGCCAAAUAUCAACCUGGUUCCCAAAGUUCCUGUACCGCUGAAUACUACCAAAUACAAUUCUGCACUGGACACUAAUGCAACCAUGAUCAGUUCCUUCAACAAAUUUCCAUACCCUACACAGGCAGAGUUGUCAUGGCUGACUGCAGCAUCCAAGCACCCCGAGGAGCAGAUCCGAAUUUGGUUCGCUACUCAGCGCUUGAAGCACGGCAUCAGCUGGUCUCCUGAAGAGGUGGAAGAAGCGAGGAAGAAAAUGUUCAACGGCACCAUCCAACCGACGGCACCCCAGACCAUCACUGUUCUGCCGGCUCACGUCACCCCUGCAAAAAUGCCACAGCCAAUUAUCCAAGCAGCUGUGCCUUGUCAGAUACUUGGCCAGACUGGCCUGGUUUUGACACAAGUGUCAAAUGGAUCCAGUGUUACGCCGAUUACGCUUACUGUCACUGCCAAUCAAGGGCAGAAACGGUGCGCUCCAAACCCACCGGCCGCCCCGGAAGUGAAACGUUCCCAUGUUGUCCCCGUAGAAACCCAACCGAAACAAAAUCCUCCUGCUCCCCCCGCAGUUACACCUGCAGUGCCACCACCUGCUAUGCCAGUGCUCUCAGCAAGUGACCGAAAGAAGACCAAGAACCAGAUAGCAGUUCUGAAAGCAAGCUUUCUCAUCAACCAGUUCCCUGAUGAGACAGAAAUAUACAGGCUUAUCGAAAUGACGGGUCUCCCCAAAAGCGAGAUCAAGAAGUGGUUCAGUGACCACCGAUACCGAAGUCAAAGGGGGAUCGUUAACAUCACGAGCGAAUCCGUAGCCAAGGACCAGAUAGCUCUGGCCGCUGUACAGCAGGGGUAUACUUAUGACCCUGCCUUAGACAUAAUGACCCAGAAGUUCAAAGACAAAAACCAAGAGCAGCUUGGCAUCCUUGAAGAAAGCUUCCUGAGGAACUCUUUCCCAACCCAAAGCGAGCUGGAUAGGCUUAGGAUUGAAGCCAAAAUGAAUAGAACAGAGGUGGAUUACUAUUUUACAGAGCGGAGGAAGCUCAGAGAUAACAUGGAACAAGCUGUCUUGGACUCAAUGAGAUCAAGCAUAAGGAGUCAAGAAGGGACUUCCAAUGGUGCAGUGAGUCAAAUGGAGCACUUGAACAUCUCCCAAGCACCACUGUCUUUGUCUAGGCGUGCCGCAGCAUUUUCCCCGUAUAGCCAAGAGCAAGUCCACUUACUAAAAAGUACAUUUGCAAAAACUCGGUGGCCAUCACCGCAAGAGUAUGAUGAGUUGGCAGCUCAGACAGGUCUCACUAGGACUGAAAUAGUUCGCUGGUUCAAGGACAACAGGAAUUCACUAACAUCUGGGACAUUAAAAUGGCUGGACCAGUACCAGCAACAGUAUGUUGUUGAUGGAUAUAGAGAACCAAAAGCGCCAAUUCCUUUUGCUGUUACAAAGACGAGUAGCAAUGCAAUUCAACAGCCUCACAAGGAAUUUCCGAAGCUGGGGAGGCUAAACAGGGAAGGAAUGGACAGAUCAGAAUGCAAUAGCCAAGACAGCCAGGGCAAUGAGGAUACCGAGGAGGGUGACGACGUGAGUUGGGUGGAGGUGACCAUAGACGAUGACUAUACCACUUCAGACGGUAUGGACAGCUCGUCUCAAACAGUGCCUGAAGUCAAAGUAGAGUAUGAUCCCGAAAGUAUAUCUGGUGAUAACUCUCAUACCUAGACAGGCCUAUCGGUUGUCCCGCUUUUUAGGCCUACUCGCUAACUUGGCGACGAUCUUGGGAGCCCACCAUUACUGAGCCUGGGAUAAACCUUUUAUUUUUGGAAACAGGAUAUCCAACGAGUUUUGACUCCGGAUUCAAAACAUGCUGGUGCAGUCCCAGCGAAGAGGAGACCACCCUCCACAGCGUUGCAACAGAUUAGAUGGUGCCAAAGUCCUGUAAGGGGCUUUUACGAAAAGGACCCUUGUAUAUAGGUUUUCUCCCUCGUCCUACUUGGCUUGCCUUCUGUUUCUACAUGCGCUGGGAAAUUAUAAUGCCCUAAUCAGUUGGGGAACAUUUUUGCUGCCUUUCCCAGCUAAUGUGUGAUAAGCUACAUUGCUGCAGAUCGUUGCUGUCUCAAGGUCUUGGUAUGGCUCGUCCAUUGUCUUAAGAACGAGCGGUCGCUAUUACCUUGCUUUGGAGACUGCCCUGGAACCCUUCCGUCCUGCUGCGUUAGUUUCAGAGGAUGGGUUUCAAACCCCAAGAAGCUUGUCCUGUCUCAACGUUCUUGAGAGUUUGUCCUAUCUCAAUGUUCUUGAUGGAUCUACAGGCCAUCCCAGAGAUCAUGGGGGCCUUGUUUGACUUUCUCAAGAGCCGUCUUGUUUGCAAUUGGCUACAUUAUGUUCAUUUGCAUGCAAAAACAAAUGUUAUCUCCUGCCACAUCUUGCAUUUCAUCCUUUGCCAAAACUUCUGGAUGGUGGAACUCCAGAAAUGUUGGUAGUACCCCUUUAGUUGCUCCUAGCAUCUUUUUUUUUCUUUUUUACUACAUGUAGUACAAUCUCAGAACAAAAGGAUUUUACACCAGAGGGCUCAAGCAUCUUUGUAACAAAAACUUGUUCAUUAACUCUUAGUUGGGGGCAAAGAUGGGGAAACCUGUCUUUUUUCUGCCAGUCUUUCAGCCUUAGAUGUUGCAGUGUGCAACGUGAAAAGUUGCUUGGACUUGUCCCCCUAAUUUUGUAGUCUGUUUCUAGGUCCCUAAGUGCACUUGCACUUUCCAUCCCCUCCUUCAAAUAGACGUCGAAAGGCAAGAGGGAGAGAGAACAGUUGUGUACAGUUGUUAACAGGUGACCUGUGGUUUCAAGAGGCAGGUCUGUGGUUCCCAGCAUACGCUGCACAAGUCUAAAGCUAGGGCAUUUGAAUAAAAACUUUUCUAACGUUGCUUAGUUGUUGUAAUUCAAUAAAACAAAGACUUGGUGGUUUCGGUAA